CGAGGGGAGGAAGCCAAGGUGUCUCUUUAAGAAGCAGCUCCAGUCGGCUGGAAAGAGGAGACAAGAGAGAGUAUUGAAGCGUGGCCGACGGUGGGGCUGGCAGGCCGCCGCUGACUGUGCGCUGCGAGGCAGGAAGUGUGACACUGAGAGCACAGGAAGUGGCUGCUGUGGAGCUAUGCUAACCCUUUCGUCCAGCAGCUUCAGGGGGCUGGGAUCACUUCACUGUCAGUCAAAUAGAAGCUGUUCUUCAUUUACUAACAAUAGGGGAUGGCUGUCCUUUUGAGGUUUUUGUUUUUCUUUGUCAAGUGAUGUAUGAAGGCCUUUAUGAAUAUAUUUCAGAAUGCAUUUUGAGGAUAAUUCACUUUCGGAAGGUGAAUUGAAUCGGAAUCGAUGGAAUGUAUUGAGAAGUGCAUGAAACAGAAGGGAAGCAGCAGCAUACGCUCAUUUGCUUCUGUGAUUCUGUCUGAAUUCCCUCUAAUCUCCCCUCAUUUCCUGCCUAUCUUGUCUCCUCAGUUGUCCCUCCUCAUCUUUUACUUCUUCUUUGUUGUCGUGCAUGUUUUGAACUGACCACUGUUUCUCCUGCUGCAACACAACUGAGUGAACAGUCACUCCUCUGCUCAUUGAGGGCUCUCCUUUUCUUUCCUCCUCCCAAGUUCACAGAGGAAGUACGGCGUGUAAUCGACCCUCAACGGUGAUCUCAGACAUCGCUGUCUUUAAGUAGACGAUCCCUUCAAUACGACAAAUACACUCAUUUAUCUGACAUGGUGAUUAAAUGUCAAAACAUACAGAAAACUAUCUGGUCUGAUGUGUGAUUCAAUUAAAAAUGGAUGAUGGAGAUGCAAACAUGCACCGGACAUGUAGUUCCUUUUAAAUGAAGGUUAAUUAUUAUGUAUAAUAAUGCAUACAAAUAGAAGUUUGCAACCAGUUGCUGCAUUUGAUUAUAAUUUUGAAAAGUAUGUCUGAUAAAAUAGAACAGAUGUAAAAAGUUCUCGGUGGAUUAAUGCACUCUGAAUGUGGUGGAUUAGUAUUUCCACAGUUUAUAAAACCUUGUUUCAGUCCCCCCCCUCCCCUCCCUCCCCCAGGUGGGGAACUGAAAAAGUGGAAGUGUGUGUGUGUGUGUGUGUGUGUGUGCUGUAUAUAAGGUUUGUGUAAGUUGAAGUGGGACUUCUCAGAAUGUGGGAUGUCAGUUUAGAGGAAGAGGAAUCAAGAAAUUCUACUCGGUGCAUGAUGAUUGUUUUUAAAAACCAGAUGUUUAGACGCUGCUAAUCUUCUGCUUUUCUCUGUUUCCAGUUGUAUGUGGCUGCUCUUCACGUUCUGUAUUUGUAUAAGGAAUGAACUAAGGUGCUUCUUCUACUGUCUUCUGAACAUACUGCUGAUUCUUCUAUGGACACAGAUUGAGGUGCAGCGUCCAGUGAACACAGAGUGAAGUGGAGAAAGGAAGAUGCCACCCCCUCCUCCCCCACCACCCCCAUGCCCUCCUCCCACCUUUGCUUCUGCCAACACAGAGAAGCCAAAUCUCAACCGCUCGGAGCAGCUUGGAAGGUCCGCUCUGCUUACUGACAUCAGUAAAGGCUCCAAAUUAAAGAAAACUGUUACCGUUGACCGCAGUGGACCUUUACUGGACAAACCUAAAGGAGGCGGCGGUGGUGGUGGUGGCGGCGGAGGAGGAGGAGGAGGAGGAGGAGGUGGAGGUGGUGGUGGAGGUUUUAGUGGAGGGGCUCCUGCUGGUUUAGGAGGCCUCUUUGCAGGAGGGAUGCCAAAACUGAGGUCUGCAGGAAACAGUGGUAAAAAUGACUCAGGACCCAGCCGAGGACCCGUGCUCCCCCCAGGAGGUCGCUCUUGUGGUCCCACCCCCUUCGGUGGGGGUGGAGGCUCAACUGGGCCACCUAAACUCCCAGGAGCCCCUGCUGGUGGGCGUAGCAAUGUCCCUGAUCUUCCCAAGGGCCGGCCGAAUUUCUCAUCCAGACAAGACACUCCAGGAGGCCCGCCUCCUCCUGUACCCAGCACACCUCGACCCAACCAGGGCUUCCAGCCUCGUGGCGGGCUUCCUCCGUCACUCCCUGGAGGGCCCAGGCCCAGCCCGUCUUCUGGACCUCCACCUCCUAGUCUUCCACCAGGGAGGCACGGAGGAUUCUCUGCACCUCCUCCUCCCUCAAACAGCAGCAGACCUUCCUUACCGCCUACUCCCGGAGGGAGGCCUCCACUUCCAGACGACCGACCCCCACCUCCACCUGUGGGUGGUCAUCGCCCAUCUAUGCCCCGCGAUGUGCCCCCUCCUCCUCCCUCCGUCAACUCCAAGCCUUCCUCCUCGGUGUCUUCCUCCUCCCCCGCAUCUCGUCCCUCAGUCGGUGGGGGUGCGCCCCCUCUCCCGCCGGGCCGACCGGGCCCCCCUCCUCUCCCGCCCACCCCGGCUGGAGGGGACGACCACAGCACCCCUCGUCUGCCCCAAAGGAACCUGUCACUCAACAGCCAUGGUCCGCCUCCGCCACAUGGUCGGAUGGGAUCUCUCCCUCCUCCACCCAACGAGAGACCGCCGUCUCUUGGAAGGAACCAGUCGUCCACACGCCCUGGGCCUCUUCCUCCCCUUCCUCCCUCAGGUCGUGGCGUGGGUGGGGGCAAUGUGAGGUCAUCACCCGCUCCGUCUCCUAUUGGUCGGCCAGGCCUGGAGCUCCCUCGCGGGGGACCUGCUGGCGGUAGACCUCCCCUCCCUCCGGACCGGCCGGGGAUCGGAGGGGCCCCUCCUCCUCCACCACCCAUGGGUAACGGCUUCCAGAACUCUCACCACAACCAGAUACAGGACGAGUGGGAGUGUCGCUUCACAUUCCAUCCGGUGUCGGACCUUCCUCCUCCUGAGCCCUACGUGCCCUUCCAGAAGACCUACCCCAGCAAGCUCGGCAAGACUGACGGCAAAGGUUCUGGUAAAAAGGAGAGAGGAGCUCCCCCUCUUCCUCCUUUACCCAGGUGAAGAAGAGGAGGCAGCAAACACAGCCCCUGGGACUACUUUCUCUCUUUCCCUCCCUGGCUCUCUCACUUUCUCUCUCUGUCUGUUGCGCUCAUUGGGCCUCAUGCAAGAACAACUCCUACGAACAGAUCCGUUCUCAAGUGGCUCCUACGAGUGAUUUAGGAGAACUUCUUCACCAAUUUGAAUUUCCUCUUAGGUACGAAUAUAUCUCACGAGAGCUCCAGACCCGUCGUAGGACUCAUCUGCUGUUAUUUAAGUCUACGUUUUUCACUAAUGAGUUGUAUGUUUCUUAACUUUUAAGCAAUUUUGAGUGUGAAAACCACACAGGACAUUAUGCUGUUUGAAUUAUUGGCUAAUAUAAUUCUAAAUAUAUUCAUAAAGCAUGACAAUAUCACCAUUCAUUAAAAUUGAGGCUAUUGUAUAUCAAUAUAAACAUCUUAAAUUAUUUGACCCACUCCCGUUGCAGUCAUCCAUGGCCUUGCUUUAGUGAGACGUUUCCUGCUGCUGACACUGUUAAACAUUCUAGACUUUUCUUUAUGGAAACAAGACAUAUUGGGCAGAACACGUGGCCAUAUAUAUAUAUAAUUUGGUGUUGGUGUGGUAUUGGGGCGUUACUUAUGUCCAUUUACAGUACUCAUGAAUGCAUGUUCGUCUACGCACAGGUGGCAUUCAUCAUGUUUACACAGUACGAGAAAGUCAAGAUAACAACACAAAGAUGUUCUUGCAUGAGGCCCGAUGUGCUUUUUACCCGCGGCAUGUGGUUUCAUCUGUGGACUGCAACGAGUGAGAUGGACCUGAAGUAUGGUUGACCAAGUAAAAAUAAAAAAGAAUGUGGAGUUUACAUCACGUGCCUCUGUAGCAGCACAGACCAAAGCCUGUUCAUACUCCGGUACACUGUGUUCAGAUAGAAAGAAACAACACAGUUGGACCUCCUUUUAGGCACUUUGAAAAAAAAAUGUGUUUUACAACCAUGCUGUUGCUGGACGAUACUUUAUUGACCUGGUUGCUGUGAGACAGUAUUUUCAUGAACCUUAAUCCACUUUGACUUCCAUCAACUAACUUGUUCACCCUUUUGCUUACUGUGGUUGAUUUAUUCCAUAUUUUGCUUGCUAGAUAUUAUAUUUUACCAACCAGCUUCACCUUUUAUACAAUAAUACAAACUCUGACUUGACAAACACACCAGCAUUGGGCAUGUAGCAUGUGUGACUUUCCCCAGACAGCGUUCGGUAAAGAUAAAUCAACAUGUUAUGGCAAUAAUAUUGUCAAGUGCCAGUUCCUCUGCAGGGCUUAUAAUGCAACCACUCAGCUUGCUCAAGUGUGUUGACAAGUUUGUCUUUUUUUUCUUUCUGCUGUUUCCCAUCGUGCCUAUUUUUUCUAUUCAGGAUUGUAUAUUCAGGCUGCUUCAAAGAAUUAAGGGAAUAAGCCUUUUGUGCCUUAAAUUAUGUGUGUGUGUGUGUGUGUGUGUGUGUGUGUGUGUGUGUGUGUGUUUGUUCAGCUGGAUUGGAUCACCUCUGCUGAUGUAAAAUGAAGCAAUACAGCCACAAUAUGUAGAAUACUCAGUGUAGCAAAGUGUCGACACACAGACAGACACGCAACCAAACUGAAAAAUGGCCACAACCUCUUGCCACCGCUCCAUAACCGCAUCAGGUGACACACAGUUGUGUUUUUAAUUUGCCAAAGCCACAUUGUGCCUUCACAGUACGUGUGCAUCUACAUCCGUGUGUUUCUGUUGGAGCCACUGAUCGGUACUUUUCAUUUGACUGUUAAAUGUGACGGGACAUUUGAUGUUUAUGAUUGAGAUGUUUUUGUGGGAUGGACGUGAUUGUUAAUUUUUGCUGUUUCGCUUAAAACUGCGUUGACUUACCAUGAAGGACCUGUGUAUGUAUCUGUAUGAUUUAAUCAGGAGGUAUGGAAGGACUGCGUUAUUUUAAGUUAUAUUUCUGUGCAGUAUUAUGUUGUUUUUUUGGCUUCCCAGCACGGCUUUGAAUGGCCUUUUGUAUGCGUGAUGUGUUAUUAUCAUGUGUCGGUCAAAGAAACGUUUUCUUAAAGACAAUCAUACGGAAGUAAACAUAUUUACAUCAAUAAAUAAAAAUGCUUUAAGAUGCUUA